GCCCAAGUGACCCACCUACUAGAAGAACAGUUCUUUUUUGGGUAUUCCGCAUAAUCAAUACAUCCGGUCCGUGUCCGUCCGUUCGAUUUGUUGCGUCUCACCGUGUCUAGACCCCACACCCAGCGGGCUGACAUCGGGAACCAGGUUGAGGAUUUUGGAGGGCUAGACCGACUUCCUCCAUCACCUUUGCAGUACUAUUCCAUGCUGUGAAUCGGAUGAUGCGGCCGAUUCUUCACUCAUUUCGUCGAUUCGCAUCGUUCUCCAGGCACAAACGGUUCGGUUACGCCCGCAUUCAUGAUUCUUUGAUCCGAAUAGAUCCUUGCUCCGCUUAUAGGCUCAUUUCCGAUGGCAAUGGCGGGAGAUUUUUGGGCUCGUCGUUCACAUUCUCGAGAGCCCUUUCUAUUGCAACCGAUGCUCCUACGCAUCCCAACGGAGAUGGGAACAAAGGAGGACCGCUUGUAGAAUACGAGCGACGAAUUGUGGCUGGGGGGGCGUUGGACGGAGAUACUUGCCAGCUAGCUACCUUGAGAGAACUUCAGAGGCUCUAUGAUGAGCUUGUUCAAUCUGCAGAUGCAUGUCGGUUGGAUCGUUAUUCUGCAUCUCAGAAACCGACGAGGAGUAGGUGGUUCUGGACUCGUCUCAUGCCGCAGUCUUCUCACUCACCCGUGAAAGGCUUAUAUCUAUACGGAGGAGUGGGAACCGGAAAGACCAUGCUCAUGGACCUGUUUUACAAUCAAUUGCCAGCCAGUUGGAGGAAACACAGGAUUCAUUUUCAUGAUUUCAUGCUGAGUGUUCAUAGCCGCCUACAAAAGCACAAGGGUCUUGAAGAUCCUCUUGAAGUCAUUGCCCAGGAAAUAGCGGAUGAGGCUAUCUUACUAUGUUUAGACGAAUUCAUGGUCACUGACGUUGCUGAUGCUCUAAUACUGAAUCGUCUCUUUAGACAUUUGUUUAACAAUGGCGUUGUUCUUGUUGCCACAUCAAAUCGUGCUCCAGAUAAACUCUAUGAAGGGGGUUUGCAAAGGGACCUUUUUCUUCCAUUUAUUGCCACACUAAAGGAAAGAUGUGUGGUACGCGAAAUUGGUUCAUCAGUAGACUACCGGAAACUAACUACUGCUGAGCAGGGCUUCUACUUCAUCGGUAAGGAUCUCUCUGGCCUCCUUGAGCAAAAGUUUCAGCUGUUAGUUGGCAACGAACCAGUUGGACCUCAAGUGGUUGAAGUAGUAAUGGGAAGGAGAUUGCAGGUUCCGCAUGCAGCCGAUGGGUGUGCCUACUUUCCUUUUGAAGAGUUAUGUGACAGGCCCUUAGGAGCAGCUGAUUAUCUCGGAUUGUUCAAGAGCUUUCACACUCUGGCCCUGGAGGGUGUACCCAUCUUUGGUCUGCAUAAUAGGACUGCAGCUUAUCGCUUUGUGACUCUGGUUGAUGUCAUGUAUGAAAACAAGGCCAGACUCCUUUGCACGGCUGAGGGAAGUCCCUUAGAAUUGUUUGACAGAAUAGUGACGAUAGCUGAUGCCCAACAAAUGGCACCUCGAACCUCUUCAAGAUCAAGGAAGAGUGAUGAUCCCGAUCUUUGCGUGGACAACGAGCUUGGUUUUGCAAAAGACCGCACCAUUAGCAGGUUAACAGAGAUGAACAGCAGAGAAUACUUGGAACAACAUUCGGCCAUGUUAAUGGGGAAGUAGUUUUCUAAUGAUCUUUUGGGAGGGCAAGAAGCACAAUCCGCUUUUGUUCGACGUUUGUUGGAGCCGCAACUAUUAUUGCUACCGAUGCAUGCACACCAUUGUUUCCAAUUAAAAAAAAGAAACAAUAAAGAUAUUGCAACUUAGAUUAUAUAAACUUUAUAAGGACUUUUAGUCAUUUAUUUAUCCGAAUGGUGACAUUUAUUAUUAGAGACACGAAAGUUGUGAGUUGCUUGCA